CCAAGUUCAAUAAUUUCAGAGAAACCCUCAGCUGCAAACGUGGGCGGGUGUGGACACAGACAGCAGAGUGUCCACAGCGGACUUCCUUUUGUUAAUUUUGCUUCUCAGAACUUAGAAUUUGUCACUGUUCACAGUUCCCAUCACCUGUCUGCAAUGGACACAUCAAGAGUCUAUGACAACGUAAAGACAUUUAGGUCUCCAGGGUAUGAGCAAGCACCAUUCCCAUCUCUCUCCCCAGAUGCAUGUCGGUGCCCACAUUGGCAUCAUCUGGCUCUGAAACUUGGCUGUACUGUGCUGAUCCUUCUUCUCUUUAGUCUGAUUGGACUCAGUGUGUUAGUGAGAUUCCUAGUGCAAAAACCAUCAAUAGAAAAAUGCAGCACGGCUGCUCAAGAGAACAGGACUGAAUUAACAGGAAGAUCGGCCAUACUAGAGUGUCCGAGAAAUUGGCAUUCACACCGGAACAAAUGCUUAUUUAUUUCUCAAAUUUCCAGACCUUGGGCAGAAGGUCGAGAUGCCUGCUCUAUGAUAGAUGCCACUUUGUUGCUCAUUGAAAAUAAAGAAGAACUGAGAUUCAUACAGAACAUUAUAAGGGGAAAAGAACAGUUAUUUUUUAUUGGACUAAAUUAUGUACAAGAGAAGAAGAUCUGGAAGUGGACAAAUGGCUCUAUUUUAAAUACUGACCAGAACAGUUAUGCUUUGCUCUCCAGACUACGAAUCACUGGCAAGGAUGAAGAAAACAGCUGUGCCAUCGUCUCACACACAGAAGUGUUUUCAGAUUCUUGUUCUUCAGACAACCAUUGGAUCUGCCAAAAGACCCUGAAACAUGUCUGAAACCCUGUGUCCUGUCUCCUGAUUGUGAAUCUCAUCUUGAUUACUUCACUGUCCACAUUACUUUUCUGCACUGAACAUUGUCUGCACUUGGCCCACCCAGUGCAUAGCUAGUGGCACAAAGCAUGGACUCCGAAUCCAGUGUGACUUUUACAGACGCUCAUGUCUAGUUUUUGUGUAAAUGUACACAGACUCAGAUGUGCCAUUCUAGGAGAGGAGCUCUACGGAAGGAAGACCAGGCCAGUAGGGGGCGCUGGAGGCCUUGUGUGGCCCUUGAUGAUCUCUGUGGCUGAGGUCACCUGCAGACAGCAGCAGAAAACUGUAAAGUCUGGAUUUUGACUCCAUCUCCAUUUCAAGCCAUUUCACGUUUGGGCUAUAGAACCUUGAUUAAAGUCUUGCUCUUAACUGACAGCAGAGGUGCAGAGUUAAGGAGCUUGAUAUGGGAAGAGUUUGUAUUGAUCAACCCUUGCAAAUUAGUUAAUAAUGAACUAAUGCUAUGACAAUGAGUAUGACUCUAUGUAUACUGAGCUCUGCACAUAUAAUAUGUCCCACCCUAUGGUGAUGUACCAGCAGAUUCUGGGCAGAUGCUUGCCCAUUGAUGCUGUGCUUCUCAGUAUUCUGAGCUGUGUGAAAGUGGGAUCUCUUCAGUUUUCUAUUACCACUACCACCACCACCACCACCACCACCACCACCACCACCACCACCACAAUAACAACAAGAAGAAGACUUAGACAAGGACUUGUCUCUUCCCACUGUCCACAGGCAUCCCAUUUUAAUUUUCUCAUCACUUCUUUCUUCCACACCUCUCUAUAACUUAUGGCUUAUGUACAAAUUAUAGGAAGUAUGCAGCUAGGUAUUUGAUAAUUGUAGUAGAGAAUAAAUGACAUCUUUUUAAUUUUUAAAUUAGAGAAAUUUAAAAAAUAUGUAUUCUGAUAGAUCUUUUGGAUACCCUCUUCUCUAAAAAACAAAAUAAACAAACAACCAAACCAAAGAACAAAAAAUGAAAAACUUUGCUAAAUUUUCUAUUGUAACCAAAAUAAAAAGUACUGAAUUUGUUAUAUAAAGAGAUAUAAUGAAAUUUCUCUUAGAAUAGACUUCUACAGACCUUCAUCAUUCAAUGUGAAGUUUAAUAAAAUUGAAGUAUAUGCUGGUAUCCAAGUAAAAUCUCUAUUAAACAUAAUUCUAAAUUAGAA